AUGCCGUCGCGGAUCGUCAUCUCUUGGGCAAGGAGAUCGAAAUCGUUGCUCGGACGUACUCAGGCAAGCUCGGGUCUCCGCGUGAUAUUUAUUCUUGAUGCUAAUGCACAGCAUGCAGAAGGACCCACGGGCGAAGCGAUCCAGGAGCGGUUGUCCGAGCUGUGCGCGAGGAGCGUCAAAUGUCCAGAGUUCGAAAACACCGUCUCCGCGUUCGACGAUCGGAAGCUCUUCUUGGUCGGAAUGCUGCGUGAGGUCAAGGGCUCGGAGUUCAAGCUCGUCGCGCGGCUCUUCAAUCCGAUGCCCAGCGGCAAGGCGAUCCAGGAGUGCCUCACCAAGCUCCGUGCUGAGAAGAAGGUUCCUCUUGCGGCAGUUGAUGACAUAGAUGAGAUGGCUGCGUCCGGGUUGGAUGUCGAUGAGGCGCCCCCGGAGGAUGGCAGCCCCGAGUAUAUCGCGCGGUAUCUCCAAGCCGCCUUCGGCUAUACUGCUGAUGAUCUUGCUGCUGUGGCUGCCGCGAUGAAGCUCGGCGACGAGAACUCCGCUAGCACAACCUCCGUCAACCAGCAAAGCACCACUACCGACUUCAGCGGCUUCUCUGCUGAAGAGAUCGAGGCGCAUCGGGCUUGUGUGUUGGAAAGGAAAGCUCGGAAGGAGCAGGAAGAGCUAGAGGCGGCGAUCCUGGAGUCUCUGGAGGACGAGAAGCUCAGGAAGGCUUAA